AUGAAACAUCGCCGGAAACGCAUGGAACUCGCCGAAAUUUGCCUAACUUUUUUUCUUGGAGCCUUUUGCUCUCCAAAUCUCCUGCAAAAAUUCGAAUCUCUUCACACUUUCUUAUUCGGUUGCUGGAUUCGUCUCGCCAGAAGAGUAAUCAUGUAUUUUGAUUAUGGAUAUCAUGGGACAUCCUUUGAACAGACAUAUCGCUGUUACCCUGCAUCUUUCAUUGACAAGGCUCACAUAGAAAAUGGUGACAAAAUUAUAAUGCCUCCUUCUGCUCUUGAUCGCCUUGCUUCCCUUCACAUCGAUUAUCCAAUGCUGUUUGAGCUACACAAUGUUGCUACUGAGAGAGUCUCACAUUGUGGUGUUUUGGAGUUCAUCGCAGAAGAAGGCUUAAUAUAUAUGCCUUAUUGGAUGAUGGAAAAUUUGCUUUUACAAGAAGGGGAUCUCGUGAGAGUAAAGAAUACGACCCUUCCAAAGGGUACAUAUGUAAAAUUGCAACCACACACAUCCGACUUUCUCAACAUUUCCAACCCAAAAGCAAUAUUAGAGACGACGCUUAGGAACUUCUCGUGUUUAACAACAGGAGAUAGCAUUAUGGUGGCAUAUAACAAUAAGAAAUAUUACAUUGAUAUUGUUGAAUCAAAGCCUUCUAAUGCAAUCACCAUUAUUGAAACUGAUUGUGAGGUUGACUUUGCUCCUCCUCUUGAUUACAAGGAGCCACAAAGGCUCCCUCUCUCAUCAUCAUCAUCCACCCAAGAUGAAGAAAGUCUACCAGAGGAACCAAAGUUCAACCCGUUUACAGGAUCGGGGAGAAGGUUGGAUGGGAAGGCUUUGACAUACCAACCGCCGCCUGUUUCCACCACCUCCAAAGGGAAACAACCGGCGGUUUCCGGCGGAAGACCUACCGCCGCUUCUAGCUCCCGCCAGACUCAGGGAAAACUCGUGUUUGGUUCUAAUUCUAAUGCUGCUGCCCCUCAAAAGCGAAAGGAAGCUGCUAAAGAGAAGAAAGUGGAAGAACCCACAAAGGAAGAAGCCAAGUUUCAAGCUUUUACUGGAAGAAAAUAUUCGCUAAAGGGUUAACUAUCAAGAGUCAAGAGAACCAUAACUAUGUUUAUUAAUUUCCCUCAAGUCUUUGAUGACUUUUAACUUGUAAAGUAACUUAACUUUAAACGAAAACUUAAAGAUUAGUCAAAUUUACCAUUUAAAACAUUGAGGUUUUGCUGUGUUGCGUUG